AUGGAGAACGACGCUAUUGUCUCACGUCCAGUGUUCCUAGCGUAUGAACCCAAGCAGAGCAACAGAGGAUCUGCCGCGGGAAAGUCGGCUGCUCUUUCCCAUGCUGCCUCCAUUUCAUGGCAACGACGGCUCCAGCAAAAGCGCAAGAAGGCUCAAUCGACAGUUCAGCCAGGUCAGAAGCAGGCGCGCUUGCAGCUUGCCGGCACUUAUGACUGUAUCUAUGCGACAGACCGGACUCCGUUGCAACCUCAUAGUCUCCUUCCACGCCCGUCGGCUCUGCCUAGCGCACUGGUACAUGGCAACAAUGAUCCAUUCAACUGUGGCGCAGUGCCGAUGACAGCGGAGGUCAAUGGCCUGAUCGCCUUCUGGAGAGAUCAUGUCUUCCGAGCGGCGAAAGACUGCAGAUCAGAAACUCAUGAGGUUGUUGAAGGCAUGAUCAGAAGUGAUUUGCUGGGCCUGCAGGACAGUGUCAGUGCCGAAGCCUUCUUGCUCUCGGCCUCAACAGUCAAGAAAGUCUACACCCGCAAGGACGACUUCCAGCUCACGGCAGAAGAGCUCCACCGCAAGCAAAGGACUAUCGCCCAGCUACGUCGCGCACUUGACACUGCCAAUGAUAAUUUUACAGCAAUACUCCGGACUGUAAGCUCGAUGUACUGCGCAGCUAUGUUCUCUCAGCAGUUUGAAGAGGCCGAGAUGCAUCAAACACAGUGGGAGCGGCUCAUGGAAUUCGUCUCGGACAACGAUGCUGCCAGCAAGACCGUCGUCGAACCAAUGUACCUUCGGUUCUUUGUGUUCGGUAUGAACAGCGCUAUCUUCUGCUCAAACCCUGCUGUCGCAGAGCGCCACACAAUCAGACAUGUGGAGACCGUUCUAAUGCCCUUCGCACAAUGGGCAGCAUAUCAAGCAUCGCUCGGUUCACGGCUGCCGCAUGGUAGAUCAGAAAUGACGCGGAAGAACGAGGAAGCCCUUCGUUGCAUAAGGGCUGCAGUACGGCGUCAGCGAGGAGAUGAUUCUGGCUGCUUACAACCCUGGACGCUGAACGAUUUCUUCAUCAGGGUCACCCAAGCGAUGGCAUUCUUCAGACUUGCCCGAAGAUUCAGAACUGAUGAGCCGGACGAUCCGGUCCUACCUUCUGCGAUCGACGCGGCUGUGCUCUGCACGAUCUUUGUCAUUUGUACCACAACUGUGUUUUCCUUCAGGAAUGGCCGAGCUUCACAGAGUAUGACCGACCGUAUGAGAGCUGCCAGUGCCAUGAGAUCGCAUAAACAAUGUCUCGAGGCUGUCCUUCUGUGUCAGGAUCCUUGCUAUGAGGACCGAUGUGCUCUGCUUUGGGCAUUGUACGUUGGAGCGGCCUGGGAGACCAGAGUUGAGCUGACGGGAAAAGGUGAGAUUGAGUGGCAGCCGUGGUACCAAGCUCAUCUGUCAAUCAAAGUGGCCGAAAUGGGCAUUUCCGAUUGGAACUGCUUCAUAGUGAUAGUUGAGUCCUUCUGCCGGAUGGAAAGCGUGUCAAAUGCUGCGACUGAGAUUGGAGACAUCAUCUGCGCAGGCUUCGAUAUAGUCGAUGCUGCUCGAGCCUCUGGGCGGGCGUCUGUGACUUCAGAAAUGGAACGGCUUUUGUUCCCUUGGACGGACUCAGUGAAGCCUGAACCGAGACACGCUUCGACGAUACAGUGCGGCCAACCCGACUGA